GCCGGUUGUGUCUGGUCUGGUGGGUGCACGCAGCCCCCUCGGCCGCCGCAGCGCUCGUCCGGGCCGGGAGCACACAGCCGCGUCUCCCGGCAGCCGCGAAAUCAUUUCAUGAAGAAGCCAUAAUGCACCAUGGCAGCGGCCCUCAGACUCCUCAGCGCCACGUCCAGAGGCCCAGGACCUUCGCCAGCAGCGAGGGAGAGGAGCAGCCGGCCCACCCAGAUCCACCCCCGUCCCCUGCCACACCCUUCGCCCCCUCGGCCAGCCCCUCUGCACCCCAGUCCCCCGGGUACCAGAUCCAGCAGCUGAUGAGUCGCAGUCCCGUGGCUGGGCAGAACGUGAACAUCACCCUGCAGAGCGUGGGCCCCGUCGUCGCAGGAAACCAGCAGAUCACACUGGCCCCUCUGCCGCUCCCCAGCCCCACCUCCCCAGGGUUCCAGUUCAGUGCGCAGCCGAGGCGGUUUGAGCAUGGGUCUCCGUCAUACAUUCAAGUCACUUCACCCCUGUCCCAGCAGGUCCAGACACAGAGCCCCACGCAGCCCAGCCCGGGUCUGGGACAGGCCCUGGCGAGCGUGCGCACGGGCGCCCCCAGCCCCGGGCUGGGCAUCUGCAGCAGCAGUCCCACGGGAGGGUUCGUGGACGCCAGCGUGCUCGUGAGACAGAUCAGCUUGAGCCCGUCCAGUGGGGGACACUUCAUGUUUCAGGAGGGCUCGGGACUCACCCAGAUCGCCCAGGGAGCCCAGGUGCAGCUCCAGCACGCGGGAACCCCCAUGGUGGCGCGAGAGCAGAGACUGUCACAGCCUCACGCACAGACGGGUGGCACCAUCCACCACCUGGGACCCCAGAGCCCUGCGGCCGCUGGUGGGGCCGGGCUGCAGCCCCUGGCAGGCUCGGGCCACAUCGCCACGGCCAGCUUGCCCCCCCAGAUCAGCAGCAUCAUCCAGGGGCAGCUGAUCCAGCAGCAGCAGGUGCUGCAGGGGCAGCCGCUGGCCAGACCGCUGGGCUUCGACAGGACCCCCGGCGUGCUGCUCCCCGGGGUCGGGGGCACGUCUGGGUUCGGGAUGACGUCCCCGCCCCCGCCCACCAGUCCUUCCAGGACCACCAUGCCCCCAGGCCUUUCCAGCCUUCCACUGUCGUCCUCGGGGAGUGCCGGAGUGAGGAAGGCCCCCAAGAAGUUGGAGGAGAUCCCACCAGCUUCUCAGGAGAUGGCGCAGAUGAGGAAGCAGUGCCUGGAUUACCACUACAGAGAGAUGGAGGCUCUGAAGGAGGUCUUCAAGGAAUACUUGAUCGAACUGUUUUUCCUGCAGCAUCUUCAAGGGAAUAUGAUGGAUUUCUUAGCUUUCAAGAAGAAACUGUACGGACCACUUCAGGCCUAUCUUAGGCAGAAUGAUUUGGACCUUGAGGAAGAGGAGGAGGAGGAGCAGUCUGAAGUCAUUAACGAUGAGGUGAAAGUUGUGGCAGGAAAGGAUGGGCAGACUGGGACCCCCGUCGCUAUAGCAACCCAGCUUCCGCCAGAGGUUUCUGCUGCCUUUUCCUCCCAGCAGCAGCUGUUUCAGCAAAUGCACACAGGGACUCCAGGGCCUGGAAAUGUGAAUUCCGUGGAAAUUGAAGCAUUGAAGAGACAGCAGACACUGACACCAACGGAUUCUCCUAAGAGGCCUCGACUUGAAGUGGGCCGUCCUGGGAUGGGCUUCCAGCACCCCGGGGUGGCGUCAGGAGUUCCUCUGCAGCAGCUGAUGCCGACAGCACAAGGAGGAAUGCCCCCCGCCCCUUCAGCCACACAGCUCACUGGACACAGGCAGAGUCAGCAGCAGUACGACCCCUCCACGGGGCCUCCCGUGCAGAACGCCGCCAGCUUGCACACCCCGCCACCGCAGCUGCCCAGGAGGCUGCCCCCGGCCGGCGUCCCCAACUCGUCUCUGCAGGCCUCCCAGCAGCUGGUGACAGAACCGCAAGCACAGUCCCCAGGCCAAGGAAGGACCCAGCAGCCAAUGGCACCCUUGCCGCCACUCCUGCCUGGCCGGCUCUCGGUCCCCUCUCAGCAGGCCGCGCAGCCAGCCCUCCACCUCCCAGCCCAGGGACAGGCAGCUGCCCCCGCCUGCCAGCCCCAGCCUGCCGUGCUGCCCCAGACGCUGUUGCUGGUGCGGCCCUCGGAGGAUCCUGCCCCAGCGUCCGCGCCUGCCUCGUCCCCUCCACCCUCGGCUCCUGUAGGCACAGCGCCCCUUUCUGUCUGCGCCCUGCAGACAAGCAGCAGCCCCCCAGCAAGCCACAGGGCACCGUCUCCGGAUGCGUCUAGGGCUGCAGUCCCUCGAGCUCAGGACACAGCCCCCGCCUCCACGGUGCAGCCGCAGGAGAGCUCCCAGGACAGGAUCGCAGAGCAGAUCAAGCAGGAGAACCAGGUCCAGCAGCGCAUAGCGGAGCUGAGGAAGGCAGGCCUGUGGUCGGCACGGCGGCUGCCGAAGCUGCAAGAGGCCCCGCGGCCACGGUCACACUGGGACUGCCUGCUGGAGGAGGCGCAGUGGAUGGCCACGGACUUCGCCCAGGAGCGCAGGUGGAAGGUGGCCGCCGCCAAGAAGAUGGUGAGGACGGUGGCCUGGCACCAUGAGGACAGGCGGCGCAGCGCGGCCAAGGCCAGAACAGAGCAGCAGAGCAAGCUGAGGCGCAUCGCUGCCUCCAUCGCCAGAGAGGUCGAGUGUUUCUGGUCCAACAUCGAGCAGGUAGUAGAGAUUAAACUGCAAAUUGAAUUUCAAGAGAAACAAAAAAAGGCAUUAAAUUUGAAUAAAUAUUCAAAAAGAGGGAAGGACUCCAGAGCAUGGGAAGCGAGCGCCCGACUUGGCAGUAAAAGUGACGUGGACUCUCCUUCCGGAAAGAAAAGAAAAGUGAGCACAUCUUUAACUGACGAAGAAGUGGAAGAUGAGGAAGAAACAAUUGAAGAACAAGAAACGAAAGAAGGAAACAUCAACCACCAAGCCGAGCUGUCUCACUUGGUCAGGGAAGCUGACCUGCCGCUGGACGACUUGCUGAAGUUGUACGAGGGAGCGUUUGUGGAGAACUCCAGGUGGCCCCAGCCUGUCCUCGGGAGCGAAGGAUCAGCCAGUGAGGAAGAUGUGGAACAGACCCCAAAGGACAGAGGGAAGGUGGAAGUGGUUGUCAUAGACUCGCUCCUCAGCAUGGACCAGUGCCGCGACGGGGAAAGGACGAGUGUCGCCAGGAAGCACGCGAGGGACAUCUCGGAGGUGGCGGCAGCCGCAGAGGUGCUGCUGCCCAAAGGCAGUGCUCGGGUCACGACAGCGGUUAAGUAUAACACCCCAUCUCUGCUCUACGGAGCUCUGCGGGAAUACCAGAAGAUCGGGCUGGACUGGCUCGCGAAGCUGUACAAGAGGAAGCUGAACGGCAUCCUCGCAGAUGACGCUGGCCUGGGGAAGACGGUGCAAGUCAUCGCGCUCUUUGCACACUUGGCCUGCAAUGAAGGAAACUGGGGCCCCCACCUCAUCGUGGCCAGAAGCCGGAACACCCUGAAGUGGGAGCUGGAGCUGAAGCGCUGGUGCCCCGGCUUGAAGGUCCUUUUGUAUCUCGGCCGCCCCCGAGGGCGCAGGGCGAAGAGACAGGGAUGGAUGGAGCCCAACAGCUUCCACAUCUGUGUCACCUCCUACAAGCAGUUCUUCAAGGACCACCACGCCCUGGCCCGCGUGCGGUGGAAGUACCUGGUGGUCGAUGAGAUGCAGCAGAUAAAGAACAUGACGGAGAAGCACUGGGAGGUGCUCUUUCUCCUGCGAAGCCAGCACCGCCUGCUGCUGAUAGACAGCCCCCUGCACAACACCCUCCCGGAGCUGUGGACCAUGGUGCACUUCCUGAUCCCCGGCAUCUCCAGGCCCUACUUGGACUUCCCGGUGAAAACAGCCAACGAGGAGAACCAGGACUACUGCCACAAGCUCGUCAUCCGGCUGCACAGAAUGAUACAACCAUUUAUUUUACGGAGAUCUAAACGGGAUGUUGAAAAGCAACUGACUAAGAAAUACGAACAUGUGUUAAAAUGCCGUCUUUCUAAUCGUCAGAAGGCCUUAUACGAAGAUGUUAUACUACAGCCACGAACUCAGGAAGCUCUGAAAAGCGGACAGUUUGUCAGUGUCCUUCACGUUCUGAUGAAAUUGCAGAGAAUCUGUAACCAUCCUGAUCUCAUUAAUCCCAGACUCUCAGGCUCUUCCUAUGUGUCUGAGGCCUUGGAAUUCAGAACCGCUUCCCGUAUCCUCCAGGCCCUGGAGCACGGAGUGUGGAAGGACACCGACAUGUCGAUCUUUGAUCUGAUUGGGGUAGAAAAUAAAAUGACACAUUACGAGGCCCAGGUGCUGCCCAGACAGAAGGUGACGCGGAAGCUCAUUGAAGAAAUCUACAACUCACCCCCUCUGCAGUCCAGACCCCACCCGGUCAAGAUCAAGCCAAGCAGGUUGUUCCAGCCUGUUCCUUACGGACAGAAGCCAGAGGGCAAGAUGGUCGUUUUUCCGAGUGUUCAGGCACCUCGCCCUGUGACCUCAGCCACUGUGACCCAGGCAGGACAGACGCGAGGAAGACCACCUGCCACCACAGUCUCUGCAAAUCAAGGUGGAGAGGCCAUGAGAGCAGCUCUGCUGGCGUCCAUCGCAGGCCCGCAGAGCCGAGGGGCCCAGCCAGAGGUGCCGGUGACACUGCAGUUCCAGGGGAGCAAGUUCACACUGUCGCACAGCCAGCUCCGGCAGCUCACGGCGGGCCAGCCGCUGCAGCUGCAAGGAAGCGUCCUUCAGAUCGUGUCUGCCCCCAGCCAGCAGCACCUGCGGCCCCUGGGCCCCGCCGUCCCGCAGAGUGUGCUACAGCCGGUCCUGCUCCAUCGUGCUUUCGGGAACCCCCCAGCACACGCUGCGCCAGAGAUGGAACGAGAGAGAAAACGCAAACGCUUUCUCCUGUCUCUCCCUCAGACCAGGUCCCGCCUGUUGGCCUCUUGUAACCUUAAUUACCUCAUAAAGACCCCACCUCCAGACACGGUGACACUGGACUUCAGCAUCACACAGCCCCAAGCAGGCUCCGGGCUGUUUGCUGCAGAGUCCGGAUGGUUCUGUUCCCCAGCUGGUGCACCAAACAGACUCGCCGCCGUUGUGCACUUGUCGCCAGGUGAACCAGGAGUGCCGCCAAGGCCUGCGGGGAGCCUCGCUCAGAAGGAGUUGCUGGAGGAGAGGAGAAGGCUUUUAAAGGAGCGUUUGGAUAGAAUAUUUUCUGGUAACGAGCGUCGCUGUUCCAGAGCUCCAGUGUACGGCAAAGACUUAUUGGGAAUUUGCUCGUUUUUUGGGGAAAGGAAGGUCCCCCCACAUCACUUCUCUGGAGAUAAGUGGGGGUGGACAGGCUCCUGGAGCCGGUGCCCGUGCUGGGAAGCAUCCGAGCCGUCGGCGGACCCACCGGAGUACCUGGCGCUGGCCUCGCACCCGCGGAGCGACUCCCUGCAGGACGCCGUGAAAAGGGUGCUCUGCGUGCUGCCGGCCGUGGUGGCUGCUCCCCCGAGCCUGUACGCCUCCAACCCUCCGCCGUCCUACAGCCACAAGAUGAAGGUCUUCAGGCAUAAUCUCAAGGAGGAGCUGGCCCCGUACUUGCAGCAGCUGCAGCAGAUCUCGGCCCCACACUUGCUGCAGUUCCCCGAUCUCCGGCUGGUGCAGUACGACUCAGGCAAGUUAGAAGCACUGGCUGUCUUGUUGCAGAAACUGAAGUCUGAAGGCCGGCGAGUGCUGAUUUUAUCUCAGAUGAUUUUAAUGUUAGAUAUCUUAGAGCUGUUUUUGAACUUCCACUUUCUAACCUUCAUCCGCAUCGAUGAAUAUGCCAACUAUGAACAGCGUCAGGAGUUAAUGAGGAGUUUCAACAGAGACAAGCGGAUAUUCUGCGCCAUCCUCUCGACGCACAGCCGCUCGGCGGGCGUCAGCCUGGUGGAGGCCGACACUGUGGUGUUCUACGACAGCGACCUCAACCCUGUGGUGGACGCGCAGGCCCAGGAGUGGUGCGACAGGAUUGGGAGGCGCAAGGACGUGCACGUGUACAGGCUUGUGAGUGGCAACUCCGUGGAGGAAAAGCUCCUGAACAGCGGCACCAAGGACCUGAUCCGGGAGGUGGCCGCCCAGGGCAGCGACUACACCAUGGCCUUCCUGACGCAGCAAACUAUUCAGGAACUCUUUGAGGUCCGCUCGCCCACGGAUGACUCUGGCUCCAGAGUCAGAGCCGAGGACUUUGUGGUGCUGUCUCAGGAGCCGCCUGCGGGAGGCGCCAUCGCACCCAAGGUCGCAAAACCCUUCAUAGAGGCCUUGAACAGCAUCAAGCAGGAGGAUGAGGACGAGCCGGCCUUCCCCACGGAGGAGGCCCUGGGUGUGGAGCCGGGAACGCUGAGUCCCUCCGCAGAGCCUUCCCAGCUGGACGAGCUGUUUGCAGUGGUCGAUCAACUCACACCUAUUGAAAAAUACGCAUUGAACUACUUGGAACUUUUCCACAUCUCUGGCAGUGAAAGUGGACCAAGACUUACAGAGGAGGACGUGAGAGGUGUGAGGGUCAUGUGGGAGCUCCAGGACGUGCGAGAAGCAGAGGGCGGGCCGGAAAGCGCACUGCUCGAGGAGGAGGAGCUGCUGACCUACACACGGGAGGACGCCUAUGACAGGGAAUAUGUUUGUGAAGGUGCAGACGGACAGACUGAAGUAAUGCCCCUCUGGUCCCCGCCCACGCCCCCCCAGGACGACGGCGACAUCUACAUCGACUCGGUCAUGCGUCUGAUGUACGAGGCCAGCCCCAUCCCCGAGGCGAAGCUGCCCCCUGUGUUCGUGAGGAGGGGGCGCAAGCGGUACCGGGCAGACCCCUCCGCUGCAGGCAGGAAGAAGAAGCAGCGUCACGGGGAAGGGGUCAUCCCCCCUCGGUCCCUGUUUGACCGUGCCCACCCGGGCAUGCUGAAAGUGCGCCGCGAGGGCCGUGAGCAGAAGAGGAACCUCCUGCCCAAGCAGCCGGCACCCUCGGCCAGGCCCCUGCCCGCCCCCGCCAAGGCCGCGGGAGAGGCGGCUCCGGACAGCCCCGAGUGGCUCAUCGGGGAGGACUGGGCGCUGCUGCAGGCUGUGAAGCAACUUCUGGAGCUUCCUCUGAAUCUCGCUGUUGUGUCGCCUGCUCACACCCCCAACUGGGACCUGGUCAGCGACGUCGUCAACGCUCGCAGCCGGACCUACCGCUCCCCCAGGCAGUGCCGGAGCCGGUAUGAGAGUGUCAUCAUUCCCCGGGAGGAAGGCAAGCUGAUGCUUGAGGCUGACCCUAGAAAGAAGACCAGAGGCGUCCAUAAGACCAAGAGCAGCCGGCCGCUCCGCACCCACCAGAUCUACGCGCAGGACGAAGGCGCCACACAGACGCAGCUGUACACGGGCCACUUUGAGGGCGUGGCUGUGAUCGCGGGGAAGAGAAGCCCGCUGAUUAAACCCCUGCUCGGCAUGAACCCUUUCCAGAAGAACCCCAAGCAUGCGUCCGUGCUGGCGGACAGCGGGAUCAGCUACGAUAAGCCUCUGCACCCGAUCCAAGUCGCCUCCCUGCGUGCAGAGCGCGUCGCCAAGGAGAAGAAGGUAGCGCGGUUGGCACACGGUCGGCACGCGCCCCUCGUCCUGAACCCGCAGCCUGCGACAGGCGCCCGUGGCGGCACUGCAGUCCAGUGUGAUGCCCCCGGUGCCGACUUGAUUUGUGAUAACUUAUCUACGUGGUUUAACCUAAUUCUACAGGAACACGGACUAGCCCAGCCACAGCCAGGGGUGCCGCAGCCACAACAGCCACAGCCGCCACAGCACCAGCAAGCCACUGUCCCGCCACAGCCAGGCCAGGCUGGGCCACAAGUACAGACCCAGGGAGGCCAGCAGCCUUCUGGAGUGGGGCAGCCCACGGCCACCACCGCGAGCAGCACGGCUGUCCCGGCUGGAGCUGUCAAAGCUGCGGGGACAGGAGCGGGCACCCAGACCGCCGCCGUGAGCGGAAACGUCGUGAGCGUGGCCCCCGGAGCCUCCGCUGCCCCGUUCCCGCCUCUGAGCAAGCGCUUGGCCUCUCCGGGGUUGCCGGGGACACUGCCUGCCUCAGGGGGUGCGGCCUCUGCCCAGCCCCGAACAGGUGGCUCCCCAGCCGGGCCCUCGAGCGAGCUGGCCUCCGCCCCGGGUUUGCGCGCUGUCACUUCCGGCACAACGUCGGCCGUGGGCACUGCCAGCCUGGCCCCAGCGCAGACCUCGACCAGGGCCUUAGUGACCCAGGGGACUCCAGUCGCAGCGGGGGCAGCGGCACAACCGCCCAGCAAGACCCUCGGCGCCGCCCACCUCCAGCUGCUCCGGCGGCAGCAGCAGCAAGCAGCUCCGACGCAAGCUCUGCACGGCCAGGGCCAGACUCCAGCGCCGUCUCCAGCCCCGAUAAAAGCUGUAGGAAAACUGUCCCAGGAGCAGUUGAUCAGACUCCAGAAGCAGAAACUGCAGCAGCCCCCGCCGCCCCCCCCACCACAGGCCCCGCCAGGACCCCCACAGCCAACAGCACAGGCGCAAGUGCAGCCCCCACAGCCGCAGAACCCCCAGCUCACCACGGUCGCGGCCCCGCGGCCCGGAGCCCUGCUCUCGGGCACCACCGUGGCCAACCUGCAGGUGACCCGGCUCACUCGAGUGUCCGCCUCCCAGCUGCAAGGCCAGGGACAGAUGUCAGUGCCAGCAUCGCCGACGGCCCAGCUUGGUCUGGCCAAGCCCCCGGUGGUCUCCGUCCCGGCCGCCGUGGUGUCUUCAGCCGGGGUCACAGCACUUCCCGUCAAUAUGACGGGGAUUAGCGUCGCGAUAGGGCAGACCCAGAAAGCGGCAGGACAGACCAUGGUAGCGCAGCCUCUGCACGUACAGCAGCUCCUGAAACUCAAACAGCAGCAGCAGCAGAAAGCGGCGCAGCUCCCAGCAGCCCCGGGCCCCGCCGCGCAGCAGCAGACAAAUGCCCACCAAGUCGCUAUUCAGACCCAGCAGCAGACCAGCCAACAGCCAAAAGUGACAUACACGCCUCAGCCCAGCCUAAAGACCCCGUUUCUGACGUCCCCUGUGUCUCAGGCUCCCAAGGCCCCAGCGACCCAGCAAGUGCAGGGCCAGAUGCAGGUGGCCAAGACCCCUCCAGCGGCUCAGAAGCAAACGCCUGCGGCAAACCUCCAGCAGGUCCAGGCGCAGCCGCAAGCGACGCAUCAGACCACGGCUGGCCAACAGCAAGUGCUUCCCACAGCAGCUCCGGUGGCUCCGCCUAAGUUACUGCAGCAGCAGGUCCUGACGAAUGUCUCAGCCCAGAUGCCAGCCCCAGGGGCGCCAAACCCUGGGGAGGCCCCUCCGUGAGGCUCAGGCCCCAGCACACCCUGCUGCCCCUGGGGGGGCUGAGGUAGGGGGUGCGGGCCCCAGAGCUGGCCUUGUGGCUUCGCUGGGACUUCGGCUCCCCAGCCUGGGCUCCUGCUUCAGCCGCACGUUCAAGGUGGGCUGUGUGCACCUCGCACAAAACAGAAACCCCUUUUGUAUGAGAAUAUUGUGUUUCUAUCCCCCCAAAGUUUGUACUUGUUUAGUUUGUGUACUUUUCCUGUCCCCAUUUCCUUGUGCCCUCGUGACCUGUACUUGUUCUCCUGCGUUUCCUCUGCCUGCAGCCGGGAGAUGACGAGCACAGGUACUCCAGGCCGCUCUCAAUGGCCAGAGUGUGCAUUUUCAUGUUAUUUUACUGCACAGAAAGAAUCACAAUUCAUUCCUGUUUUUUAUAAAAUUUUCAGAACACACCUGCUCACAGUGAUCAAGGCUUCUAACAUACUUUCCGUUAUAUUUGUGAUGAAAACUUCUGUUAGGAGUUUACCCUGAGGUAGUGGCUACUCAAAGUAAAGUGUUGUUGCCUACA